GGAGGAAUAAUGGGCGCCAACUUCUCUAGCCUGGAUGAUAUCCUGGAGGAGGACAUGCACCACUGGUACACCAAAUUCAUGAAGGAGUCGCCUUCAGGGCUCAUAACGCUCUUUGAGCUCAAGACUAUCCUUGAAAUGAACGGUAUGACAGAGGAGGCCAGCAGCUAUGUGGACCAGGUCUUUUUCACCUUUGACAUGGAUGGGGAUGGCUAUAUAGACUUUGUCGAAUACAUUGCAGCAAUAAGUUUAUUACUGAAAGGAGAAAUUAACCAGAAACUAAAGUGGUACUUCAAACUCUUUGAUCAAGACGGAAAUGGGAAAAUCGACAAGGACGAAAUGGAGACUAUAUUUAAGGCUAUUCAAGAUAUCACCAGAAGUUACGACAUCCCUCCAGAUGACAUUGUGACUCUCAUAUAUGAGAAGAUUGAUGUCAACGGAGAAGGUGAGCUGACGUUGGAGGAGUUCAUCAGUGGAGCCAAGGAUCAUCCCGACAUCAUGGAUAUGCUCACCAAGAUGAUGGAUCUUACCAACGUCCUGGAAAUCAUUGUCAGAGGUCAACGGAAGAAAGCUGAAUGAGUGAUAAACACGCUGGAUCAUGUGGAAAAUCCUUUUUGGUGGAUUUUCAGAACGUUGAGGAGUGUAUGUGCUUGAUUGGUGAAGAGCAGAGUCCCAUCUCAAACUGCACAGAAUGAACUGAAUGAACUGACUGAGCAGUCCCAUGAAGAUGACGAAGAUGAACUCUGUGUAUGACGCCUGAGAAAAGCAAAGAAUUUGUCCUCCUUCCUCUGCUUGUGCUCUUACAUUACUUGGCCCUUCAGUUUUGUUAAGGUUUACAACACUUCAAAUCGCUUUGAUUUACUUAAUAAACAGCUUAUUGAGCUGGAAAUAUUGUAUGGGACUUUUAGUCUGCAGAACUGUCCGGCACAACGUGAAAAGCAGAGUGGGUUACUUCAUCUCUAGUCUGGUUCACAGGAAGUAGGCUGUGGGUGUAAGCCUGCCAUUGACCUACUAGUUCAGUCGGUAUUCCCCUAUACUUCCAAUAUCUUAUGACACUAUUUUGCAAGAGGCACCAUCACUGCAUCUUGGGGUUAGCGCUGCCCAAUAUGAUGUGAUUGAUUAAAAAAAUACAAACACACCAGACAGUUUUUCCCCUAUGCCAGAAUAAUAAUGGGUUCAGCCAGACCUUUCUCCAGCACUGGCACAGCGCUAAAACAAA